CAUUACCUACGGGAUUCAUAGAUAUUUGACUACAUAGUUCAAUGUGCACAUUUUGUGCACAUAGAGGCGCUGAUGGAUGAAAAUACCUAAAAUGACGCGAUGACCGCUUUCAGGCAACUCUCAGAUCCAGCCUGAUCAUCAGGUUCCUCUCUGCUCAGUGCUCAUUGGUGCUCAUCGACAGCGUCAAUGCGCGUUGUUCGCCAUGUAUGCGUCGGUGCGUCGGGCAUAUAUGUUUUGUAAAUAAUAUGAUUUUUUAAAAGAAUUUAAAAGUACAAGAAGCGAGCGGAACAAGUGUUCCGUACGGGCAAACGUCCGACGACAAGCGAAAAUAUUCUAACGGAGAUGACGCUCGGCCGGCUCGGCGAUGUCCUUCACCUAAAUGAGAGGUAGCACCGCAAAGAUGACGCCUAAACGCAAGACGACCAGUUCGGAAUCCACGUCGACGAGCAGCUCGGGCUCCUCCACGAGUAGCUCGUCAAGUUCGGACAGUGAAUCCAGCUCAUCAGACUCAGAGAACUCCAGUAGUUCCGCCAACAGUCAGAAAGUAUCCGAUACCGACAGAACUAAAAAAAAGGUGCCAUUUCCGUCAGUCACCCGUCAUGUCAAGUCAAAAGCGUCCGAGGCGGUGUCUGUACCACCGCCUAUGGAAAAUAAGGGUAAAGACAGACAGCCACUGAAAUCCAGACCAUCGGUGUACUCCUCUGAGUCCGAGGAGUCGCCCAGUAAAGCAAAAUCACCGCAAAAGAGGAAACCACCAGCUAAACCAAAAGCCACUGCUACAGUGGCACCAGUUGUAAAGACACAGAGGUCUCCUGCAAAACCUGUGUCUAUGUCAGGACAACAUAAAGCUGCACCCAUUUCGAAACCUGCCCCUGUCAAGCCUAGCAAAUUUUCUGGUUCCACGAGUGCCAACAGCAAACCACCUGAGAAAUCUGGAAAAACAACAGAACCGGUUCAAAAGAAACUGAAGAAAAAAAGUAUAUUUAGUCCGGAAAAUAGUAGUGAAAGUGACAGCGGCGUUUCGGCGAAAGUUAGCGCAGUGAAGCCAACAAGUGGUUCCUCAAAAAGUUCCAAAAAUCCACCAGCUAAAGCAAAACUGAGUGAAACCAAGCAAAAAUCUGUGGCUGCCAGCAGACCCGUUGCGAAGCCUGUACAACAGAAGUCGGACAGUUCUGCAAGUUCAAAGAGUUCUGGUGGUUCGGCAUCUUCAGGCAGUUCAGACAGCAGUUCGGACUCGGAAUCAUCAGAAAGCAUCACCAGCUCUCAACCUCAACCAAAAAAGAAGGAGACACAAUCAAGUUCGCUGACGAGUAAUAAUGUAACGAGUAUGCCGCCCAAAAGACCUUCGGUGGCAGUUGCUUCGGUAAAACCGCAAAAAGCAGUUACAAGACGACAAGGCGCUGUAAAGAGCGACAACGACGGAGAUGCGUCCGCAAGUGAGAAAGAAAUGGACGAUCGUGAAGCGUCAUCUUCGAAAACGGUGGCAAAAGGCAAGCGGAAACUGCAAACGCGCAAAGGAAAUAAAUUUCUGCAGUUACAAACGAAAGCAGAUAGUGAUUCCGAAUCUGAUACAGCUGAGAGCAAAAGGAGUACGAGUAAAUCGCCUGUCAAACGCGCUGGUCCGUCUGCUGCCGUUAGACAAUCCUCCGGAGCCGGUAGAUCGACACAGAAUAGUAGUACCUCCAGUGCUACAGGUGGUAGAACAAAUCAAGCAUCUUACAAUCGAACACGCGCGACAAAAGAACGUGAAUGUCCGCUGGCUGCAUCAUGUGAUUCACGAGGUCAUCUCUCUGGCAAACUCGAUUUGCAUUUUACUCUAGAAGCGUGUCCACUGUAUCACAAUACCACACCUCAGGCUUGCAUGGAAUUUUACAAAGAGAGAAAAAAACGAGAGGAAGAGCGCAAAAAAGCGAUAAUAAAUCUAGCAAAGAAACCUAAGGGCGUUCAUCAAACUACCGAACAACGUAAUUAUCAACUUAAAGUACGAGAAAUGAGAAAUAAAUGGAAAGGUAACACCGGUGACGGUAAUGACAGUGAUAGCGGCGGUGAAUUGCAAGGGAACGAAAAGGACAAGCAACCUCGGUUGAACAAUCUUACACCUGAUUAUGACUUAAAGCUGUUUAUGGAAGCCCAGGCGAUUGCCAGUGAAAAAAUUGAAAAGGAAUUACAAGAAUUGGAUUACGAUGGAGAAGGUAGAAAUGGCGGUGGCACUAGAGUUGUAGAAAUGGGAAAAUGGGAAAUGGAAGUUUGGUAUCAAAGUCCAUAUCCUGAGGAAUAUAGUCGUGCUCCGAAGCUUUAUCUUUGUGAAUAUUGUUUAAGAUAUGCGAAAAGUCGUCAAGUUUUAAGAAGACAUCGAGAAAAGUGUUUGUGGAAGCAUCCACCAGGACACGAAGUGUACAGAAAGGAUAAAAUAGGCGUGUGGGAAGUGGACGGUAAGCGAUAUAAGCAGUAUUGUCAAAAUCUUUGCUUGUUAGCGAAGUUCUUCCUGGAUCAUAAAACAUUAUAUUACGACGUCGAACCGUUUCUUUUCUACGUCAUGACAAUCGGCGAUUCCGAGGGCUGCCAUACGGUCGGAUACUUCAGUAAAGAGAAGAACUCCUUCCUAAAUUACAACGUGUCCUGCAUCUUAACGCUGCCACCUUACCAAAGGCAAGGUUACGGCCGGCUGCUCAUCGACUUCAGUUACUUGCUGACGAGGGUCGAGAAGAAAAUCGGUUCGCCGGAGAAGCCGCUGUCGGACCUUGGCCUGAUCUCCUACCGCAGUUAUUGGAAGGACGUACUGCUGCAGUAUCUCUGCAAUUUCGGCGGCAAGGAGAUUUCCGUAAAAGAUAUCAGCAAGGAAAUGGCCAUUGACUCGUAUGACAUUGUCAGCACUUUACAGGCCCUCGGUAUGAUGAAAUACUGGAAGGGCAAGCAUAUCAUUUUGAAGAAACAGGACGUGAUCGACGACUACAAGGAGAGGGUGAAAAGACGGGGCCCAGUCUAUAAAGAGAUCGAUCCGGAGUGUCUGAAAUGGAACCCCUUCCAGCCACCCAAGACGCCCUCCGCCUCGAACUAAGGUCUGCCAAGGAGCCUGGAAGUACGCCACCUUCUCUUCCCUUCGUCUGUCCCGCCUUCUUGUGAAGGCACGACUCGGGAAACUACGGCGGUCGAUUCUCGCGUUUCUCUUCGCCUCCGUCACCAUCGUCGUCGUCGCCGUCAUCUCUAUCUCUACGUUUCUGACCUUCUCACCGACUCCACGCGGCACGGGAAGCCAUAAGCCCUUUGCCACCGACAGAUUUCACGCGUAACGGCGAGAGAGCCGUGAAAAUCCUCUGUCGCUCCGAAACGCGGGAGACAACGAGUGAGUAUCUCUCAUUCUAUUGGCAAUAUCGUUAAGGCCGCCUCGCCACGGGAACAAUUUCUCCCAGCUGUGUUUAAGACGUCGCGCCGCGUGGAGGUCGACAAGGUUCGUUAACAAUUGGGACUGGAAACGUGUCUACUGUGACGUUGACGAAAGCGGACAAGCGCGAGCCGAUAAUGCACCGAUGUGACGGACUAUAUCGAGGACUGUUGCAUAUUCCGGCAAGGCUACAAUUGCGUUGUCGCCUCGCAUUUGCCUAUCUUACUUUUAAGAAUCUCUCGAUAUAUUCCUUGUUUCUCUACACUGAAAAACAAGAGUUUGCUAAUAGGUACCAAAUGUCGAGUAAAACAAUGCCAAUGAAACAUUCGGUUAAUAUACUAAACUAAAAAUAAUUUUAGCUUUUUAAAUAAUAAGUAUUACUAAACGUAACGAUAUAACCGAGCGUUCGUUAAUACUUACUAAAUAUUUAGAAAAAUAUUAUUGAUAUCAACUGAAUACUUAAUUAACAUUUCUCUCACUUGAUAGCCCUUAUCAAACUCUUUUUUUUUCAGUAUAUUGUUAUUAGGAAAGUAGGAGCUAUAUUGAUGGAAUUUUCAUUUAGCAUUAUUUCAGAGAAAAUCCGUUCUUUACACACACACACAAAUGAAUUCUUACUGCAAGCAAAUAUUUAUUUUUAAAUGCUAUAUGCCUUGAUAUGAAAUGCUGUCUUCAACUUCAAAUGUUUACUUACAUCAAUAAAUAAGUGUGGAUAUUUUAUUCCUAAGAUAGUAUUCUUUUUACUACCCACGGCUACUGGCGUGUUUCUGGUACUAGAAACAAAAUGCACUUUCUGCAUAAAUAAAAAGGACUCGCCAAGAGCGCGGAAAAAAGUAAAAUUUCGCAAUCGACAUAUAAUACUAGACUGAACUAUGUCUAUAAAAGCGCUCGA